UUCUUUGAUUGAUUUGAUUUGAUUAAAUAACAAAAUGAUUAAAUCCUAAGUAUUGGGCUGUCAUUAGAAAUCAUGGAAACCCUGAACAAUCAAUUGAGGCGGUUCUUGAUGAUUAAAAACUGGAUUCAAUUGAAAGUAACAGUUAAAAAGUGAAAAUUAAAGUUUCAACAACUUGAUUUUCUGAUCAUAGUUAACGUGUCUCUCAAAUUGUGAGUGUAUACAAUUAAAUUGUUUCACUCUUUUUAAAUUGUUUCCUCAGUUGUAAUUCUACUACUAAUCAACUUGUAUCAUUAUUGUAAUUACAACAGUUACAAUUUAACUAUUACAUUAGUGUCUCCUUUUUUAUGGUUUGUUGAUUCAACUUUUGCUUUGACAUUUUGCUAAUUCUUGUAAAAACUGUGUAUUGACAAUUAGUGAAUUACAAUACAGUAAUUAACAUGGAAUCAUCUCAAUCAACAAUAGAAACUGCUCAGUUAACUAUUGCCAAAGCACCUCGACAAUCAAGGGAACGAACCUUUGCUCCAGUUGAUCAGUUAAUCGUUGAAAAUGUACGAAGACGAUUUAUUGAUUGUGCCACCGAGGAACCAGAAUCAUUUGAUUGUGAAGAAGUGGAGAAAAUAAAAACUGACGAUUGGCCAGUUUACCGAUUCGUGUCUAUUAACAAUAAUAACGAGGAGAAAUCACUUCAAGGAUUAAUUGCUACCCUUAGAUGGCGUAAAAAACUUGGUGUCCGAACUGUUAAUGAGAAUGAAUUUCCUGAUCUAAUUUGGAGAGUAGGUCCACUUUUCCUUUACGAACCCGAUAAUCAGGGUAGACCAACCAUGUAUUCUCGGUGUAAAUUUGUCAUGGGUGUUAAGGAUAUCUCCAAAUGGGAACAAUUGUUUACUGCUUAUCAAACUUGGAGAAUCGAUGAGAUCGCCGAUGGUAAUGGUUGGACAUUAAUCCUCGAUUUUGCCGAUACUGGUAUUCGAAAUGCUGAUUUUGAUCUUUUAAGAUUUUUUCUUAAUCUUCUCAUGAACCAUUUUCCUCGAGGAAUUGAUAAUAUUUUGGUUAUCAAUUUACCCUUUAUUUUAAGAAUGUUCUGGGGUUUGGUCAAGACUUGGAUUCCAUCUGAUCGGGUGGACAUCAUCAAAUUUGUCGAUUCCAAAUCAAUUCAAGAAUAUAUUUCUCUUGAUCGACUUCCAAAUUUUCUCGGCGGCAAUUGUACUCGUCCAUAUAAAGGCUACGAAGUUUGCCCUAAGGGUUGUCCCGAUGUCUUUGAAUAUGGAACCAAAGAGUCAGGGUUACCUAUGAAACGAAUGCAAGAAAUUUAUAAGAUUUAUGAGCCUCUUUUAGAGGUUUAAUUAACUUAAUCAUCAUCUACAAUUCUUAUUGAUUGUCUUAUAAAUAAAUUGUUUUACCAACUUACCUGAAUAUUUGUAACUUGCAAACUUUUUUCUUUAAUAAUUCUACCAAUGGAUCAAAAUUAAAUCGGAUUUGUUUCCAUGUUUCCAAUUGA